GGGUUGGGGGGAGACGGAUAUGGAAGUGGAAAUGGGAUUUUUGGGGGGGGAUAGACGGAUUUUUUGGGGAGGAUUUUUUGAGGGAGUAGAUUUUUCUGUGGGAUAAAAAGACAUUUUGGGGGAGUGUCGGGUUUUGAUGGCGAGGGGGAAACCCAGGAGUUCUGGCAAAGGCCCAGCGUCUGAGCUGACCUUCCUCCCCCGCUUCCUCCUCCUUCUCCUCCUCUUCCUCCUCAUCCAGCCGGGCCAUCUUUGGCGAUGGGAAAGAGCAGAAGGCGAGAGGCCAUGUGCGCUGCGGGCCCGGAGGAUCCCCAAGUGCCCCCGAGUAUCCCCAGGCGGCCCCAAACGCCCCCAGGUGCCCGUGCCGCGGUGCUGCCGGACUCCCGGGUGGUCAAUGGGCACGAUGCGGAGCCCUACAGCUGGCCCUGGCAGAUCUCGCUGCAGUACGAGCGGGACGGCGCUUUCCACCACACCUGCGGGGGCACCUUGAUCGCUCCGGGCUGGGUGAUGACGGCCGCGCACUGCAUCUCCAAAUCCCGCAAGUACCAGGUGGUGCUGGGCGAGUACGACAUGAGCUCCGGGGAGGGCCCCGAGCAGCGCAUCCCCGUGAACUCCAACGAUAUCUUCGUGCACCCGAAGUGGCUCAGCUUCUGCGCGGCCUGCGGCAAUGACAUCGCCCUGAUGAAGCUGCAGCGCCCGGCCGUGCUCUCGGCGGAGGUGCAGGUGGCGCGGCUGCCGCCCGCCGGCUCCAUCCUGCCCAACGGGUACCCCUGCGUGCUCAGCGGCUGGGGACUGCUCAGCACUGGAGGGUCGCUGCCAGACCGGCUGCAGGAGGCAGAGCUGCCCGUGGUGGACUAUGAGCACUGCACCCAGCCCGACUGGUGGGGGGCCCUGGCCAUCCGCCAGACCAUGAUCUGUGCCGGUGGUGCUGAGAAGGCUGGAUGCAAUGGUGAUUCUGGGGGCCCCCUGAACUGCCAAGCUGAGGAUGGGACCUGGGAGGUCCAUGGCAUCGCCAGCUUCGUGUCGGCCCUGGGCUGCAAUGCUGCCAAGAAACCCACUGUGUUUACCCGCGUGUCUGCCUUCGAGGACUGGAUUGCAGAGACCAUAAGAGACAACUGAGAGUGGCAGCGUCCUUGUCAUCGACUCCCUGGCCUGGCACCAGCCAAAUAAACCACCAACAGCUGGCA